AUUCUUCUCCUCUGCACAGGCCUUCGAAGAAGUCCACAAAGGAGACACGGGUCGCUACAGCUGUAGAGCCAUGAACGUCGUUGGAGAAGCCUGGUGCGAAGGGAUAGAAAUGGAAGUUUACGACCUUAAUAUUGUUGGGAUCGUGAUCGGAGUAUUGGUGGUGCUGGCCGUUCUGACCUUGACUACAGUGGGGAUCUGCUGUGCCUACAGGAACGGUUUCUUUGUCCAAAACAAACAAAAUGGAAACAGCUACAAGACUCCAACGAAGCCAGAUGGCGUGAACUAUAUUCACACAGAUGAGGAGGGUGACUUUAGACACAAGUCCUCCUUCGUGAUAUGAACCAGCAGAGACACUUGGAUUUUGGCCCGGCGGCGAGAGCAGAGGGCAGCAAAACCUUCCCCUCCGAGGGGGCGGUCGCCGAUGUGUGUGUGAACUUUCUACUCCUUUCUAAACCAUUUACAGACAACGCGGAUGCAGUGGCCCGUGGUUGGUUUUUGUUUCUUUUUUUUUAAAAAAGCCAAACUUUUUUGUUGUUGUUGUUGCCAAAGUCAAACCCCGGUUUUUUUUGAAACUGCCAAACUGCCGUCUUCCGCUUCAGAAGCGACCGUUGCCAACACAAGUCUCUUCGGGGAGCGGGGUGGGUGGGUGCAGGAGAGCAUCUCUUCAAUCUUUGGGAGGAGAAAAAUCGCUUCGAUUAAAAAAUCUCCGGGGAAUCACUCGCAGGCCAGCUGACCCAAGAUUGCAGAGCUGCCUCGUCUACUAUCCCACGAACGUAACAUCGGAGACAGACUUCCGCACCCCCCUCGCAUCGCUCUCGUCUGCUUCGAGGCCCUUUUGGCAGGACAGGUUCCGCACGGCGAGCGUCUCUUCGGGUUGCCAAGCAACAACAGACAACAACAACAACAGACAACAGCACCACAACAACAAAAAAAGCCAACCCUUCUGACUUUUCGAUCUGGUUCCUGGGACCGAAGAUUGACUUUUUUUCUACUGUUGUUCUUCUUUCCUUUGUAGAAUUCUACGAUAUGAUUAUUUUUCUCUCUUUUUUGUUGGUUGUUGUUGUUGUUGUUUUUGCAAAGAUGUAUUUUGAUUAUUUUUUUUUAAGUCCUUUUUUUGUUUGUUUUUAAUUUAAAAUGUAAAUAGGUUGGUAGGCCAAACGGUGUUAAUUGUAAUAACGUAGUGAACUUUACAGGGUUUCCGAUUCAUGCUUUCCCGGUACUGAUAACAACCGUAUCAGUAUUAACCGAAAGUGCAGUGUGGCAAAACACUUAAUUUCCUUUCAUGGGGUAGGUAAUUGAAGAUUUAUUUUUUUUCCCUGCAGACAAAUACGGGCAUGGUCGAAAGAUUUGCCCAACUCCCAUGUUUCCCCGAAAAUAAGACCCUGUCUUAUAUUUUUUUUGAAUCCCGAAAUAAGCACUUGGCCUUAUUUUCGGAGAGGUCUUAUUAUUUUGGGACGCAUUGAGCAAGACAGGGCUCCUCUUGCUGUCUUACCUGAUUUCCAGCUCUGUCUCCCUAACCCUAACCAGAGAAAAUGACGGGGACUGGCUGCGCAUGCCUUUAAAUAUUAUUCGGGGAGGGCUUAUUUACAGGGGAAACAUGGUCGUAGUAGCAAGAGCAUAAAGGGAAGGCAUCGAAUGUGUUUUGAAUUAUUUUGUAAGUGGAAGGGAAUUUGGGAUACGACAAGAUGCCCAAAAGACAAACCCCCAAAUCAUUUGACGGGUGCUCCAAAGUUACCGAGUUCUAAAUUUCUGGGAUGGGCGCUUUAGUUCUUGGGAAGGCGAAAUCAAACAAAUGUACGUAAUUUAGCCAGCCAAAAAUGGAGGAGACUCUGACCUUAUGCCUCAUCUCCCUUUUCAAACAUCCCACUUGUGAAAACACUUAUCUUGUCCUGGACACUUUUAUCUUAUUCAGGAACGAGGGAAUGGAGUGUCGUUAAAUAUGCAAUUCUCUCUCUGAUUUUUCUGUUCGGCAACCCAUUGGCACUGCCAACUUAUCUGGCUUAUAAGCAAGCAAGCAACUUCUAGCAAUUCCCACAGCAGCCAUA